UGGUCACUCCAUUAGAGCAUUAUUUAAAGCGCAGAACUUUCAAAAGAAAUGUUAGAUUUCGAUUUAAAUAUGGAGCAGAUCCAAAAGCAUCCCAUUGUGGCCACCAUUAGCAUUGCCGCCGGCGCCAUUCUGGCAUCCGAGGUGAUCUGGAAGGUGUUCACGUUCCUUCAGGGCCAACUUUCCGGCAAGAAGCCACUCCGCGUGCACGAAGUGCUUACCUUCAAUGAACUGGGCGACAUUUGUGCAGCGCAGCACCUGCGGUCAUCGGAUUUGUCGAAAUCUCCGGAUGCGGUGGUGUUACAGUGCCGGAACCAGCACUGCACCCUGAGAAAUGUGGGCAAGAUCGUGGAGCAGAUCGACCAGGCGCAGUACUCCAUCGACAUAGCCAUCUACACGUUUACUUCUCUGGUGCUGGCGGAUGCAUUUAAGCGAGCCCUGCUGCGCGGCGUGAACAUCCGCAUCAUCAGCGACCGGGAGAUGGUGUUUUCCGCCGGAUCGCAGAUCAAUGUCCUGGCCUGCCUUGGCGUUCCGGUGCGCACGCCCAUUACCACGUACAUGAUGCACAACAAGUACUGCGUUAUAGAUGGAGUAGAGCGAGUAGAGGAGAUCCGGCUGCUAAAGAAGCGCAAGUGGAUGCGUCCGAGCUGCAGCGUCGUGGUCAGCGGCUCCGUCAACUGGACGCGGCAGGGAUUCGGAGGCAACUGGGAGAACUGCAUCCUCAGUGCGGACGAGAAGCUGGCACGUAUGUUCCAGGCGGAUUUCGCCCGCAUGUGGAAAGCCUUCGAGAAUUCCGAAGAUAAACUUAAGCCCAAAAUCUAAACCAGAACUCAUUACCAAAUGCGUAAAACUUCAGCCCAAACAUAUUACCAAAAGUUCCUUUACGAACAUGACCACAAACAAUCUCACACUUGUAACUAUACUACAUUUUUCAGUUCCUAUCCUAAACUAGAAAUGUUAAACAUUUGUACAACAAUUAGUUUACAAUUUACAUUAAGAAAUGCAAUGAUUUCUACCACAAGUAGCAAAAUGAAAUAAGCAAUAAUUUUAUUCUCCGUUAA